UGCUGUACGAUAAGAUCAGAUCCCUAUGCUCUUCUCUUAGAGUAGUUAUUGCAACUACUGCUCUUGGAAUGGGUAUGGAUAUCCCUGAUAUUAUGGUGGUUGCUCAAUGGGGUCUUCCAAUCGGCCAUAAUCUCGGUAAUAUUUGGCAACGGGUUAGACGGGCUGUUCGAGUGAAGCAAGCAAUCAACGGGAUGGCUUUUAUAUUCCUGCCAUACUAUGCGUUCGACUUAAUGGGACAGGAUCCUGUUCAAAUGCCGAGUUCGCGUAAUAAUCAGCCAUUGUCUCAGAAGAAAAGGGGAAAGCGGAAUACGAUCCGGUUACCUAAUACCACCCACUCACCAUCGCCAUUAUUGCAAGGCGGUGGAGCUGAGUCUGACUUCUCUGAACAGUCUGAUAAUACCGAAGCAGUCAGUCAAGAGAACUCGCAAUUAACUGUCCCAAAGUCUAAGAAGAGGGACAAGUCAGAUGGUCCACCUCUAUAGACUGUUGAUGAACUUAGGCAUAGGGCAACCCUCCUAAUAACGAUCCGUUCUCUUGCCAACGCGCUAUGCAGACGGCAGGUAUUCCUUACGGAGUUUAACGAGGACCAAUGCGAGCCAGAUACUACCCCCAUUCGAGCAGACAAGAAGGUCUGUUGUAAUGGGAAGGAGUGUAAUCUGGCAUU